AAGUAGAGGUGUCGCGUCGCUAACGAAGGGAGUACCGCUCAAACGACAGUCCAUCUCGAGCCGUUGUAUCAAAAACUCGCCGAUACAUGAUAAAUGCGACGCACGAAGAAGAAUAAUACGGAUUUACCGUCAGCAAUUCGUCGAACAUAAAUCUGGUGGUGGCCCAUCUUUGCGAGCGCGUUGAUUAGCGUAGCAGUAAUUCAAUUUUCAAUAAAAAAAAUCGUUCAAAGAUGGGAACCAUUGAAAUUGCGAGGGCACUUUUUGAUAAAUCAAAUGUUUUGAUAAUCGCCGGUGUCUUUGGACUGUGGCUGCUGAUAAGUAAUUGGAAAUGGCUUCAGAGGCAGUGGAAAUUUAUGAUCUAUGCUGCGAUAAUAGAAGGACCAUCUACACUGCCGUUCGUUGGAAAUGCUCACCUUUUCUAUCGCAGAGACGACGAAUUACUGGACCAGGUGAUCAAGUUGUUCAAACCCUGGCGUUAUCCUUUUCGCUUCUGGAUGGGAUCCAAACUUUUUUUGGGCAUUAGCACCCCCCGUGAUAUAGAAACUGUCAUAAAUCACCCGAUGGCCGUGAGUAAACCGUCCGAAUACCGCUUUUUGGCAGAAUACUUAGGCCACGGUCUUGUCACCAAUUCAGGAGCCACGCACAGAGUCCGCCGAAAACUGAUAUUGCCAAUGGUGAAUGGAAAAAAUAUAAACAACUUCAUGGAAUGUUUUGAUCGACAAAGUCGACGCUGCGUCGAGUGCUUGGAGAGUCGCGCGGGCACCGGAGAAUUCGAUAUUAUGGAGUUCAUGGACGAUUGUACCUUCGAUAUAAUUUUGGAAACCAUAAUGGGAGUCCCCGGUACCGUUCAAGAUGGCGAUUACAAGGGUCUCAUUCACCAUUGCGCUAAAGCGAUUAUGCUGGCUCACGAACGGGGUAUGAAGGUUUGGUUGUAUCCGGAUUGGGCAUAUUAUCGAACAGCUGUUGGAAGAGAAUUUAAAAACUCAAUGGCACUCUUGAACGAAUUUACAGAAAAACUUGUAGCCCAGAAAAAGAAUCAGUACACCGAAUCGCCGAAGGAUUUUUCGGAGCAACGGAAAUCGGCGGUUUUGGAUCGAUUGAUAACACACAACAUGCAGCACGAUGUCUUAUUGAACGACACAGAGAUGAGGGAUGAAAUUUCCAACGUGUGGAAGCCGGCUCAGGAUCCGACGGCCCUCACAAGUUCAUUUCUGUUCGUGAUGCUGGGAAUGCACCCCGAAGUUCAGGAAAAGGUACGAGCCGAAGUAUUGGAAGUUGUAGGAAACGGGAAUAUCACUAUAGCGGAUAUCGGCAAACUCAAAUACUUGGACAUGGUGUUCAGAGAGACGGUCCGUUUAUUUCCCGUUGGACCAAUUGUGUUGCGCAAAUUGACGGAUGACGUGGAUUUCGACACCUGUACCGCGCCAAAGGGGUGUACCGUCGCUAUUCUUCUCUAUCAGACUCAUCGAGAUCCAAAAUAUUGGAAGGAUCCGGAAAAAUUUAAUCCCGAACGAUUUCUGCCAGAAAAUUCGGAGGGCAGGCACCCCUUCGCCUUCAUUCCGUUCAGCGCCGGCGUCAGAGGAUGCAUCGGUCGUCAGUACGCCACUACGAUGGUCAAGACAUUGGCAGCGAGAGUUAUCCAGAAGUACAAAAUUCAUAGCGAAGGCUCCCUAGAAUCGUUGCGACUGAAAAUAGGCGUCUCUAUUCGAUCGAUCGAUGGGUACAAAGUAUCCAUCACAAAAAUUUGAAUUUUACGUUCUCGUGUAAUUAGUCAAACGAUUAGCGAGCGCAACGGGAGACGGGUAUUGGUACGUAUGUUAUACUCAAGCUCGGUGACUGCGCAAGGAAUAAAAAAACAACUACUUCUCAUUGUCGAUCAUCUGCCGUACAUUGACGCAAGUGUUUUUAUUCCGAUGCAUAAGGCUCUGGAUUUUCUUCCCCUCUAUAUACGAAUAUAUCGAUAAAAAAAGCGAUCCGGUGAAUAUAAAGGCGCGGGUUAACCGUUUCUUCGUCCAAUUAUACAUGGUGUAUUCGGUGUUUUUUUUGAACCUAUUAAAUAUUUAUCGUCAGUGA